CGAUCAACCCAUACAUACUACACGACAGGACAUGAACAAGAGGGUCCAAGACGCAGAAGGUUUCCGCGGAAGCGUCCGCUACGAGGGUCCGAUCCAUUCGAAGAAUGCGACGACGGUCUACUGGGGAGUGGAAUGGGAUGACCCCAGCCGCGGCAAACACAAUGGCGAAUCGGGCGGUGUGAGGUACUUUCAGGCUGCCCACCCCACCAGUGGAUCGUUUGUCCUUCCGGAGAAGGUCAGUUUGGGCACUGGCAUCGUGGAUGCCUUGCACGAACGAUACAUGCAGAGCGAAGCACUCGACACUCGCGCCGCCGGCCACGUUGGCACCGCCAGCGGUAACUCCAAACCGAUCCAGCUUGUCGGCGUACACAAGAUUCAGGAGAAGCAAGACCUUGGGGUCAUUGGCAAGGUGUCUGCGGAGGUAGUUACACACGCCUUUCUGCGAACCAUGCCCAAACGUCCCUAUCUCUACAUUCCAAUUGGCGUCAUGAUGCAUCUGGGUUUUUCAUGUUGCAGGGCAGCCAAGUUGCGCACAUUGGCACCACCGGCGAGCUUUUUCGCGUGGCACCCAACAUCGUCGAGCUCAACUUGGGUUUCAACCUGCUUGCUUCCUGGAGCGAGGUGCUCAAACUAUCGGCGGAAUUGCCUCUCCUUGAACACUUGACCCUGAGCGGCAACAUCCUUUCGUACGACGUCGACGUCGACGCACCACGCGUCGUGUUCCCCACCGUGCACACCCUCGUCAUGAACCAAACGCACACAUCGUCCUGGGUCGACCUCCUUCGCAUCUGCCGCGAUCAUUUCCCCGCUCUCCGUCAACUCCAUGCCGCAUCCAACGCCAUCACCAACCAGGCCAUGCAACUGGACGCGGCUUCGCCCUUGUCGUGUUCGUCGGCGGUGGAAGUGCUGGAUCUAUCGCACAACGAGCUCUCGGAUUGGUCGAGUCUCACGGCGUCCAUCGGGUCGUGGCCGCGGCUGCACACGCUGUCGCUUAACGGCAACCGCCUCGUACAAGUGGACCCUCCAUCUGCGUCAUCUCGGUCGUUUGCCGCCCUCUCGUCGCUGUCUCUGUCUGACAACGCCAUUGUCGCAUGGUCGAGUGUAGACGCUUUAAAUGCGUUUCCGUCGCUCGAGGCGCUGCGACUGACCAAGAACCCCCUCUUGACCAACGUCGGCGCCGCCGAAGCGCGCAUGCUCGUGGUGGCCCGCUGCGCCGCGCUCCAAGUGUUCAACUCGAGCGACAUUCGUCCCAAAGAACGCCAAGACGCCGAGCAAAUGUAUUUGCGGCGUAUUUUGCACGAACAAUCGAGUUUGCCCGCUGGAUCGGACAAGGUCAUCCAGUUGACCCAUCCCCGCUUGGCCCAGCUCCAAGCUCUGUACCCUGACAUCCACGCAGCGCACGAAGCGGCGACGACUGGCCUGGGCACCACUGGUUCGGGUGGAGGACCGGCGGCGUUGGCCAAAAGUUUAGCCAAAGUCACGUUUGUCGUGAUGAGCAUGAAUGCCACGACCAUGGACUCGAUGGUCAAGUCGCUCCCUCUGAGCAUGACCGUGGCCCAAGUGAAGGCUGUGGUGGAGAAGAAGUACGGACUGCGGCCGGCGGAGCACCAGCUGUCUUUCCGGGCGUCCAAAAAGGCGAUGCCGAUCGCACUGGACGACGAUGGCGGCGAGUUGGGGUACUUUGGCGUCCAAGACGGCGGCGAGCUCUUGAUCAACGACAUUUGGUGACCUUAGACCAAUACAGAUGAACCACCAUCGAUGUCGUGGCAUGGAGAGUAGUUAUCGUAGGGACACAUAUUCAUUCUUUUCGCCUA